AUGGCUUCCCGUGUCCUUGUCUCUGGUCUUCCCCAGUCUCUCCCUCCUCUCCCCUCCGGGCCAGGACCUUCCUGUGUCCCCUGUGUCGAGGGUCGCCUCUGGGCUACUCCUCACUCCUCCCACUUCCCCCCGACAGAGGCUCCCCUGCAGACGCUUCACAUGGAUGUGUGGGGCCCAGCCCCCGUCCGUGGGCAGGGUCACGAGCGCUACUUCCUGUUGGUGGUUGACGACUACUCGCGUUACACCACAGUCCUCCCCUUGCGCAGCAAGGGUGCGGUCACUGAGGUGCUGAUCGACUGGAUCCGCGAGGCUCGUCUCCAGCUCAGGAAGAGCUUCGGCUCGGACUUUCCUGUUCUGCGUCUGCACUCGGACAGAGGCGGAGAGUUCUCUUCUCGCCUUCUGCGAGACUACUGUCGUGCACGGGGGAUCCGCCGGACCUUCACGCUUCCGGACUCACCACAGCAAAAUGGGAUUGCUGAGCGCCGCAUUGGCAUGGUCAUGGAUGUCGCUCGUACGUCCAUGAUGCAUGCGGCUGCCCCCCAUUUUCUGUGGCCGUUUGCGGUGAGGUACGCGGCGCAUCAGCUCAACCUUCACCCCCGGGUCUCUCGGCCUGCGAUGUCCCCAGCCUUGCUGUGGACGGGGAAGGUUGGCGAUGCGUCUGUGUUCCGUGUCUGGGGAUCUCGGGCGUUUGUCCGCGACUUGUCUGCGGACAAGCUGUCCCCUCGUGCUGCUCCAUGUGUCUUCCUUGGCUUCCCCACUGACGCCCCAGGGUGGCAGUUUUACCACCCCUCCUCUCGUCGUGUUCUGUCCUCCCAGGACGUCACGUUCGACGAGUCAGUCCCCUUCUACCGUCUCUUCCCCUACCGCACUCCUUCCCUCCCCCCUCCCCCGGACUUCCUUGUGCCGGUUCCCCCCCCGGUAGACCCCCUCCCCCCUCAGGUUCCUGCCCCCUCAGGUGUGUCUCAGGUAGACGCCGUUGACCCGGUCGAGGUUACUGGUGACUCUGGUGCUGCUGCGGGUGCUGAGCCUGGGGGUGCUGACUCUGGGGGUGCUGUACGCGGGGGUGCUGAGCCUGGGGGUGCUACUGCUGGGGGUGCUGGGCCUGGGGGUGCUACUGCGGAGGGUGCGGAGCCUGGGGGUGCUGAGCCGGGGGGUGCUGUGCCUGGAGGUGCUGGGUCUGGGGGUGCUGGGUCGGGAGCUGCUGAGCCUGGGGGUGCUGAGCUGGGAGCUGCUGAGCCUGGGGGUGCUGCGACUGGAGCUGCUGAGCCUGGGGUUUCUCCUGCUGCUGCGUCUCGCCGGGAGCCCCUCUCUCCACAGGAGCUGCGCGAGUGGUUCGCUCGCCGCUGGAGGCGUGCUGCUGAGUCUGGAGGUGCUGCUGGAGCUGGAGCUGGAGCUUCUUCGACCGUCGAGGUAGAGGGUCCACCGCCUGUCCAGUCGCAGUCCCUGCUGGAGCCUUCCUCUCCACUGCCUGCUCCCUCUCCUUACACUGGUCCUACUGGAGGUCUUGCUGAGCGUCGUGAGCAUGCGUCUCGUCCCGCGUCGCCUGUUCGUGCUGCUCGCGCUAGUGGUCGCAGUUCGCGUCAGCGUCCUCCUCCUGUCCCUGGCACGCACCGGAUGUCUUUGCGUCCGUCCACUGCUCCUCUGCGUGCCCCUUUGCCUUCUCCUCCUGAGUCCUCUCUUCCUGCGCUUGCCGACCCUGAGUCGGACUCUCUUCGUGCUGCCAGUCCUACUGUCACGCGUCUGCUUGCUACUGUCGUCACUGACCCCUCUUUUGAGUCCACUGCUGCGUCUGCUCUAGUCGCUGAGCUCGUCGACUUUGCUGCUCGCUGUCGUCUCGAUUACGCUGCUAGUCUUGUUGCUGAGUCUGCGUCUGUCUGUCCUCCGUCCGUCGGGGGUGAGUGUGCUCUUGGCACGGACGUCCUAGAGGACAGGCAGGAGGAGUUACAGUGUCUAGCGGCUGCUUCACCUUAUCUCGCGUCUGUACUGCUUGCCCCUGAGGGAGACCCGGAUGAACUAGACAUCCCGACUCCGCGUUCUUACGCGGAGGCCGUAGAGGGUCCCUACUCCUCUCAGUGGCAGGCAGCUAUGGAUGCAGAGAUGGCUUCCUGGAAGUCCACAGGCACCUACGUUGACGCGGUUCCCCCUCCUGGGGCGAACAUCGUCAGUGGCAUGUGGAUCUUCAGGCGGCAGGGAGUUGACUACUUUCAGACCUUCUCUCCCACCCCGAAGAUGACUACUCUUCGGGUGCUGCUGCACAUAGCCGCUCAGCGCGACUACGAGCUUCACUCUCUCGACUUCAGCACUGCGUUCUUGCAGGGUAGCCUGCACGAGGAGAUCUGGCUUCGCCGUCCACCUGGCUUCACUGGGACUUUCCCUCCUGGCACCCAGUGGAGCCUCCGACAGCCAGUCUACGGUCUCCGCCAGGCACCGCGUGAGUGGCACGACACACUGAGGACUACGCUUGCGGCUCUUGGGUUUGCUCCUUCUACUGCUGACCCGUCGCUGUUUCUUCGCACCGACACUUCCCUGCCGCCGUUCUACAUCCUCGUGUACGUCGACGACUUGGUCUUUGCCACAGCGGACACUGCUGGACUCGCCUACGUGAAGUCCGAGCUGCUGAAGAGACACACGUGCACAGACCUGGGUGAACUGCGCAGCUACCUUGGCUUGCAGAUCACCCGGGACAGAGCACGCCGCACCAUUACCUUGACUCAGUCACACAUGGUGCAGCAGGUCCUUCAGCGCUUCGGCUUCACGUACUCCUCGCCUCAGGCCACUCCUCCGCCUACUCGCCACUCACUCUCAGCUCUGCCUUCGGAUGAGUCCGUAGAGUCGAGUGGUCCGUAUGCAGAGCUUGUUGGCUGCCUCAUGUACCUGAUGACCUGCACACGACCUGACCUUGCAUACCCUCUGAGCAUUCUUGCACGCUAUGUUGCUCCUGGGAGACACAGACCAGAGCACAUGGCUGCAGCGAAGAGGGUAUUGCGCUACCUGUGCAGUACGUCGGGCAUGGGGCUAGUGCUUGGAGGGCGGAGUCCAGUGGUCCUUACCGGCCACGCGGACGCUUCUUGGGUUGACGACCAGGCUACGCAGCGGUCGUCACAGGGUUACACCUUCAGCCUUGGUUCCGGCUCUGUCUCGUGGCGGUCUACUCGCUCGUCUUCGGUUCUCGGCUCCAGUUGUGAGGCUGAGAUCUACGCCGGGGCCAUGGCUGCACAGGAGCUUCGCUGGCUCACCUACCUGCUGACUGACCUUGGAGAGCCGCCUCGUUCUCCUCCAGUGCUGUACGUAGACAACAAGGCCAUGCUGGCCUUGUGUCGAGAGCAGCGCUUGGAGCACAGAACGAAGCACAUUGCUCUCCGCUACUUCCUUGCUCGUGAGCUGCAGCAGCGUGGUCAGUUGCGACUUGCGUACGUGGCCUCUGAGGCCAACACUGCUGAUGUGUUCACCAAGGCACUCGCGCCUUGUGACCAUCAGCGCUUUUGCACCCAGCUGGGUCUUGUGCCUGUCUUGCCUCACUUGCUCUCCUCUUGA